UAUGAGCUUCCUUCAUAUUCAAUCUUCUUAACAAUUGACAGACGAAACAUCUCAUCCCUUAAAUUCCAAAUUAAACUUUGUGCAAAUCCAAUCCAUUGAUUUAAAACCAUACAAGCAAAAAUGGAGGCUACUUUUUACUAAUGUCCCUAGUCCCAAAAAUUUAGAAUCUAUUUACUAUGAAUUAUAAGGUUAAUCUAUUGAAGACUGUGAGAGCAAAGAGAUGAUCUUAUUACAAUGCAUUCUCUUGAAUAUGAGAGCUCCUAUAGACUUAAAAUUAGUAAUUUUAAAGUAAUAAGUCAUAGAAUGAAUAAUAAUGGAUUCAUAUUAGUGAACUAAUGCCAACCCAUAAAUCUCCAUUUGAAUGGUCUUAAAUUUGUCAUCAAUUUAUACAUUAAUCGGCAUACAACAAUCCAUGGUCUGAAUCUGAGGAUAAAUAACUAUUAGACAUUAUAUUGUAAUCAAUUAUAGUUAUUUUAGGCAUUACUAAAGUAUGAGAAAAGGAAACAAAUGGAGUAAAAUAGCACGAGAACUAAAUGAACAAAGUCUUGAUAAGAAUAUUCGUACACCUAAGUAAUGUAGAGAACGUUGGGGAAAUAAGUUAGAUCCAUCUAUAAAUCGGUAUGAUUUAAAUUUCAUAAUAUAGUGAUGAAUGGACAGAUAUUGAAGAUCUACAUCUUCUGUAGCUUCUUUUAUAACAUGGAAGAAAAUGGGCAGAGUUGUCUAUUCGAUUAUCACCUCUGACAAAUAAUAAAAAACGAACUGAAUUUUCUUUAAAACAUAGAUUUAAAAAAUUAAUAUCUAAUUCAAAUAGCAUUGGUAUUUAUGUACUUAAUCUAUUCUAGAUUCAAGAUAAAUUCAAGGAACCAAGUAUAGUAUAUCCUCUGAUUGGAACAAUAAGGAAAUCAAUAAACUACUUUUCAAGAUUUCUCAAUUAGAAAUUUAAACUAAGUAAAGAGAGGUUGAAAACUUCUAUUAUCAUCCUCUAACAAAGUAAGUCAAACUUAAUAAUUUAACAAAGAUUGUUAUCAUUAAAGGGAGAUCUAAAGUAGAGUUGGAUUUGUCAAUUCUUUUUAAUUCGACAAAUUCAGAAUUAAAUAAUUGA